GCGCAUGCGCGGACGUGUUAGAGUGGCGCUGCUUGCUUGGGAUGGUGACUGUAUUGGGGCUGUCAGUGGAGCCCUCACUGCUGCUGCUGACAAUAAGGGGAGAGCCGCCCUCGGGUGUCCUGGGACUGGGGUGACUGACACCCGGAUUUACAGCACAGCGCUAGGAGCAGCCGGCAGGAGAAAGGGGAGAUCCCCUGGGGAUCAGUGACAGCCAGCAGCCGCACAGCCCCGGAGGGAAUGAUGAACAGGUUCAGAAAGUGGCUGUACAAACCCAAGAGGUCGGAUCCACAGCUUCUUGCUCAAUUCUACUAUGCAGACGAAGAGCUCAACCAAGUGGCUGCUGAACUGGACAGCCUGGAUGGAAGGAAGGAUCCUCAGAGGUGUACGCUGCUUGUUAACCAGUUUCGUUCAUGUCAGGACAACGUUUUGAACAUCAUAAACCAGAUAAUGGAGGAGUGCAUUCAGCAUGAGCGGGCAAACCGGGAUUUCUGUGUAAAAUUUCCUGAGGAAAUUCGUCACGAUAAUCUGGCUGGACAGCUGUGGUUUGGCGCAGAGUGUUUGGCUGCCGGUUCAAUCAUCAUGAACCGAGAGAUUGAGAGCAUGGCUAUGAGACCGCUGGCUAAAGACCUCACCAGAAGCCUCGAGGAACUUCGCAAUAUCAUCAGAGACCAGGCCCUCAGGGAUCUGAACAUCUACACCGAGAAAAUAAAAGACUCUCUCCGGCACUUUGAUGUUCUCUUUGCAGAGUUUGAACUAAGUUAUGUAUCCGCAAUGGUACCUGUAAAAUCCCCAAAAGAGUACUAUGUACAGCAGGAAGUGAUCGUCCUCUUCUGUGAAACCGUCGAAAGAGCCUUAAAGCUUGGAUACCUCACUCAAGACAUGAUUGAUGAUUAUGAACCAGCAUUAAUGUUUACAAUCCCAAGACUAGCUAUCGUAUGCGGACUUGUUGUUUACUCCGAAGGACCACUAAACCUCGAUCGCAAACCGGAAGACAUGUCCGAACUAUUCCGGCCUUUCCACACGUUGCUACGAAAAAUCAGAGAUCUUCUCCAGACGUUAACGGAAGAAGAGUUGCACACUCUAGAACGAAAUCUUUGCAUAUCACAAGAUGUGGAGUUUCCGGUCCGGACAGACCCAGAAGUGCCCUCGGCGAUCUCUCCUGUCUUAGUCACUGCCUUACCUACGGAAGAUCCUCUUUCGUCAAAAGCUGAAAACACUGAAGUUGAACUGGCUUGCUCUAUGCAGUAUGAUGAACAGGAGCUGGAGCAGCUCAACAUGAUGGUUCAUAGAGUAGGCGAUGAAAUGUCUUCUCUACUUUCUCCACCAAGUGUCUGUCAGUCACCUGCUCACAGGGCUACUACUUCUAGCACUGAGGCCUCCCCCAGCCGACGUCCUCUUGAGAACCUCACCGUUGAGGAGGAUAGGGUGUUUUUCAUGGAAGACCUUGAUGGAGCCCUGGAGGGUCUUUCUAGACAAAGGACCUCUGAAAAUACCAUAGCAUGGGUCAACAGUUCCUGUUAUAGUCCCAAGCAGUUGCCUCAGUGCCAGGACACCAUUGUGCAAAAUCGGGAUGUGGACAGUAUUGAUCUCUUGAAAGAUGUAGAAAGCGACCUAAGCAAUAACAACAACAUUGAUGGGAGCAAGCUACUCAUGGCAAGUGGUUCUCUGCAGAACUCUUGUAGUUGUCUAGAAGUGACGGAUUCACAGUUAUAUCUCAAUGGAUGGGAUGCUAGUGGUGACGAUGCGGAGACUGCGGAAAUCAUUGCUCACAGAACAGGUGGGAUGAAGAUUUCUGCCACGGUUAUUUUCAACCCUAAAUCUCUUUCCACCAGUGUCUCACCAGAAACAUCCCCAGAUUUAGCCAGCAGCCGGGUUCCUCUUUCCUCAGACCCAUUAACAGUCAACGAUGAGGAAGAGGCUAACAAACUUAGUAUAGCGGCCACCAACUGCUUGAUCAAUUCCUGUGUAUGUUGCGGAAGCUGUGACGACACUAGAGAAGAUGGCUUAGACGGCUUAAGAAGUAUGAACUCCUCGGGGAAAGUUAUAAAUGCUUCCUAUAGCUUAAUAAAGUCCAAAGAAAUGGGCCCUUUAGACAGACCGGAGAACUGCUUGACUGCUAAAGAGGCGUUAAAAAUGGAAAGUCCUCCUGUUUUGUUAUUAGAGAGAGAUGCUGACAGACCGGAACAAACCCACCUUCAUGCCUCCAAGUGCCUGACACACCGCUCUGUUUCACCGCUAGGGACCGACAGUGAAUCUGAGGAGAUGACUGGCAUCUCAAGUGCCCAACUAAAAAGGGCUCAGAAAAGGAAAAAAAGUGAAAGCGAGAAAGGGCCAUCACAAACAACAGAGGGGAGCGGUUCUCAAACAGUAGCGAGGGAAGAAACCAGAUCUAGUACCAGUUCUCAGGAUGACUCGCGUGACUCUCCCCUCAACUCCAUGGCCGGCAGUGACUUUGAGAGUGUCUCUGUCACCACAUGUAGUCUCUCCAGCAGUUACACUGUGAGCAGCCUGAUGACCAGCUCCUGCUCAUCGGAUGACAUUGAUCAGGAGGAAAUUCAACUGGCGUUGAAAGCUGCAAAGAUUGCUUCCAGACAGAAGAUCAGAUCCCGUUUCCACAGCAGUAAUGACCUCAUUCACCGGCUCUUUGUCUGCAUCUCAGGUGUUGCAGAUCAGUUGCAGACAAAUUAUGCAAGUGAUUUAAGGAGUAUUCUGAAGACAUUAUUUGAAGUCAUGGCCACCAAGCAAGAGGUGGACGACAAGGGGAAGCAGAAGAAAGUGAGCCAGGGACUGAGGAGCGCUGCGCUGGAAGACUGUGCUCUCUGCCAGGAGACCAUCUCCUCUUCAGAGCUGGCUGCCAAGGCCCGAGACGGAGAAUUUGAAGAUCCUCCUGACUGGGUACCGGAUGAAGUCUGCAGUCUGUGCACUGCGUGUAAAGCUCCUUUUACAGUGAUCCGCAGGAAACACCACUGUCGCAGUUGCGGCAAAAUCUUUUGUUCUCGCUGCUCUUCCCAUUCCGCUCCAUUACCACGAUACGGGCAGAUGAAGCCGGUUCGCGUCUGUACGCACUGUUACAUGUUCCACGUCACUCCCUUCUACAGUGACAAAGCUGCAAUUUGAUGCCAUGAUAAAACCCGGGAAGAGUGGGGGGGGGGCACUCGGGCCAAGACUUUUCACAUAAAGGACUUUGCUGGAGGCAUGUGGGCUUUAAUUUAAACUUUUAUUAUUUGUACAGAAAAGUUUUGAUUGUUUUUUAUUUUUCUUAUGCUGCUAAAAGGAUGAAAUGCGUGGCUCUGAGCUUCAGUACAGUCUUCCAAAUGUUCCAAACGCCAUGACACAGAAGACUAUAAGGAAUAUGGCUAACGUGGAUCUCACUGCAUCACUGCUUACCUUCAACGUUUAAGAUUGUAGCAUCUAUCACAGCACAGCUGUAAAGCAUGGCUGCACCUCAGAAACCCCUCCCCCGAGGAUACUCUCUUCCAAUAUAUAUAUUGUGUCGUCUCCUUCAGGAGGAUCUAUGGAGCAGAAUCAAGAUGGUUUAAGAACAUAUAGCUCAAAGGAUGUUUUUCUGUUUUGGGGAUACAUGGGUCUUUGCCGUUUGCAGAGCUAUUCCAGUCCCAUUAGGAAAUAUCUCAACUUGUUCUUCUCCAUAUUUUUCUACAUAAGGGGCAGUAUUGCAAUAGUUAACCCUGGUGUAGUCGUAGUCCUGUGUAUGUUGUUAAGCCAAGGUUUGAAUGGACUUGAAGAAUGGCAACCCCUUACCUAAGCUAUAAACUGGCUGACGACAGUUGUCACUUCCCUUCCCGCACUCCUCUUGUUAGCUCGCACAAAACGAGUUACUCUGAAGGGGGCGACAGUGAGCAUAGGAGAAUGCUCUUCCCAUAGAAAGGAGAACCUCCAAACAUGAUGGGAAUACAAUGCAAUUUUUUAUAAUAUUUUCUUUCUUUUUAUCCGCAUAAUUCAGGAUUUGCUCUUACAUCCUUUGUUAUAAAAUAUGUCUAUUAACGCAAAGGUUAUUGUAUUUUUAAAGGAACCUGCCACCUGGACUCUAUGAUGUCCUCUGAUCUAGUGAGAGUGAUGGUGCCUCAGGGGCGGGACUAUUCCUUAUCACAUGAUCCCAACCCACUCUGAGCCUUUUAGCAGAAUUGGAUGGGAAUACAGAUACCAAGUGAAAAUGUAUUUUAAUAACCCUCCAUGUUGGCAUUGGCAAUUUUUUUUCCCCAAAAAAAGUUUUAUGUUUACUGAUUGUCUUUAUGUAAAUUGGCCAAAAGCAUUUAUCACAUAUCCACUGGAAAGGUGAUUAAUGUCAUAUCAGCAAGGGUGGGGCCCCUGGGACUUUCACUGAUCACUACACCAGGGGACCCAAGUCCCCCAUCCCCUUAGUUUCAUUCUUACCUCUGGGAACUUUGCCAUCUUCUCCUGACAUGUCUGUGUUAGCAACUACUUGCGUCCUCCUUGUAACAUCUAUUCUUCUUAUGAUAGCCCAUUCCUUUAUUAUUCCUGCUAGAAUUUAUUUGUAAAAUUAUAGCCCUUUUGCAAAGAAGGUCCUUAUGGGUAUUACCAGUUUGGGGUGUGUCCCUGC